GCAAAUUCGACGAAAACUCGUGAAAGUGCGUUGUUGAUAGCAGAGGAAAAUACAGAUUUUUUUAAAUUCUUAUUUGAAAAAUUUUACCUACGAAAGCUGGUGUUAGAACAAAAAUGGGAAAAACAUUUCAAGCUUAUUUGCCCGACUGCUAUCGUACUUACAGUUGUAUCCAUUGCAGAGCUCAUUUAGCAAAUCACGACGAGCUUAUUUCUAAGUCGUUUCAAGGAAGUCAAGGAAGAGCGUAUCUCUUUAAUAAAGUUGUGAAUAUUGGUUGUGGACCAGCUGAGGAGCGAGUACUCUUGACAGGUCUACAUGCUGUUGCGGACAUUUUUUGCGAAAACUGCAAAACCACUUUGGGUUGGAAAUAUGAACAUGCUUUUGAAAACAGUCAGAAAUACAAAGAGGGUAAAUUUAUCAUCGAAAUGGCCCAUAUGAUAAAAGAUAAUGGUUGGCUUUAAGCCAACUUGUCAUGCGAGCACGGGCAUAAAAUUUUGUAUAUACAGCUUUUCACCAAUUGCGUUUCCUGCUUUCCUGUCCGUCCUGUUGUCCGGUCGAAUGGUGAGAUAUUAUAUAAUCAGCGGAAGAUUCAUUUGUCAUGAAUGUGAACUGUCAUAUGUUACGUUUAUGUAUAUCAUAAGAAAUUGAUUUAUUGCUAGUCGUUGCGUAACUAUUAUCUUUCAUUGUAAAUAUCUCUUAUGUUGAUUUUGGUGUAUGUAUAUUGUAAGAUAGCAAGUCUUCAAAUGUGUAUAGCAUUCAAUUGUAUAUUAGACUAGUGUAUUAAGACAAUGUAAAUAUGGGGAAUUAUAGAGUAUUACUGAAACAAUUGAAACGGAA